CUGCGGGGGAGUUGCGGCUCUCGCGCUGUUGCUGGGUUUGUGUGUCCGGUGAUCGAUUGCCGCCCACCCGCUCGAUCCGGUCCCCCGGUUCCGUGGUCACUCAUCCGGCCCCGACCCCAAGGUCUCUCGCCUCGCCACGAAGGCGCUCGGACGGAUACAGAACGCCACGGUCCUCCGCCCGGCCCAAGCCCGAGGCCCACCGCCUGGCCCCGAACCCGCGGACGUCCACCCCAAGCGCCAACUCUCCGCCUGCCCCUCGGCCGGCGCGCGCCGUGCUGCGCAGCGGUUGUUGCCCCGUGGGUUUGAAUCGCGCCGGGGGCGAGUGCGCGCUCCCGCGCCGUGGCCGCCAUGAGUGUGGACGCGUAUGGGCCGAGCUCGCAAACGCUGACCUUCCUGGACACCGAGGAGGCCGAGCUGCUCGGGGCCGACACGCAGGGAUCCGAGUUCGAGUUCACCGACUUCACUUUGCCGUCUCAAACGCAGACUCAGGGCCAGAGCCAAGGCCCCGGCGACGGACAGGUGAAUGGACCAGAUGGUGUUCUCCAAAAUGGAGCUGUUGAUGAUGCGGUCGCCAAAGCAAGUCAGUUAUUACCAGAACUGAACUUUGAAGAGGAUGAGGAGGAUACAUACUACACCAAGGAUCUGCCUCUGCAUGCUUGCAGUUACUGUGGGAUUCAUGAUCCAGCCUGUGUAGUUUAUUGCAAUACCAGCAAGAAAUGGUUCUGUAAUGGCCGUGGAAACACUUCUGGCAGCCAUAUUGUAAACCACCUGGUGAGAGCCAAAUGUAAGGAGGUGACUCUCCAUAAAGAUGGGCCACUGGGGGAGACUGUCCUGGAGUGCUACAACUGUGGAUGCAGGAAUGUAUUUCUUCUUGGCUUUAUCCCUGCUAAGGCUGAUUCUGUAGUUGUGUUACUCUGCAGGCAACCAUGUGCCAGUCAGAGCAGCCUGAAGGACAUAAAUUGGGAUAGUUCACAAUGGCAGCCAUUAAUCCAGGAUCGUUGCUUUUUGUCCUGGCUGGUGAAGAUUCCUUCGGAGCAGGAACAACUACGAGCCCGUCAGAUCACAGCACAGCAGAUCAACAAGCUGGAGGAACUCUGGAAGGAUAAUCCAUCUGCAACCCUUGAGGAUUUGGAGAAGCCCGGAGUAGAUGAAGAACCCCAGCAUGUCCUCCUUCGGUAUGAAGAUGCUUAUCAGUAUCAGAACAUCUUUGGACCACUGGUUAAACUGGAGGCUGAUUAUGACAAAAAGCUGAAGGAAUCACAGACUCAAGAUAACAUCACCGUCAGAUGGGACUUGGGUCUCAACAAGAAACGGAUUGCUUAUUUUACUCUGCCCAAAACAGACUCUGAUAUGCGUCUGAUGCAAGGAGAUGAAAUCUGUCUACGCUACAAGGGUGACCUGGCACCUCUCUGGAAAGGAAUUGGACAUGUGAUCAAAGUCCCGGACAGUAUCCUUUAUUACGGGGAUGAGAUCGCCAUUGAACUUCGCAGCAGUGUUGGAGCCCCAGUUGAAGUCACUCACAACUUCCAGGUGGAUUUUGUCUGGAAAUCAACUUCAUUUGAUAGAAUGCAGAGUGCACUGAAAACCUUUGCUGUGGAUGAGACCUCUGUGUCUGGCUAUAUUUACCACAAGUUGCUUGGCCACGAGGUAGAGGAUGUGAUUAUUAAAUGCCAGCUACCCAAACGCUUCACCGCUCAUGGGCUGCCUGAUCUCAAUCACUCACAGGUCUAUGCUGUGAAGACUGUUCUUCAGCGCCCCCUCAGCCUGAUCCAGGGACCACCAGGCACUGGCAAAACUGUCACCUCUGCCACUAUAGUCUACCAUUUGGCCAGACAGGGCAAUGGCCCUGUUCUGGUGUGUGCUCCAAGUAACAUUGCAGUGGACCAGUUGACUGAGAAGAUCCACCACACGGGCUUGAAAGUGGUGCGGCUAUGCGCCAAGAGUCGUGAGGCUAUUGAUUCACCGGUCUCAUUCUUGGCUUUGCAUAAUCAGAUUCGUAACAUGGACAGCAUGCCUGAAUUGCAGAAGCUGCAGCAGCUGAAGGACGAGACUGGUGAGCUGUCAUCCGCAGAUGAAAAACGCUACCGUGCCCUUAAGAGGACAGCAGAGCGUGAGCUGUUGAUGAAUGCGGAUGUUAUUUGCUGCACUUGUGUAGGAGCUGGCGAUCCUCGUUUGGCUAAGAUGCAGUUUCGUUCCAUUCUGAUUGAUGAGAGCACCCAGGCCACAGAGCCAGAAUGUAUGGUUCCUGUGGUCUUGGGAGCAAAGCAGCUGAUCUUGGUCGGUGAUCAUUGCCAACUAGGUCCAGUGGUUAUGUGCAAGAAAGCUGCGAAAGCUGGUCUGUCUCAGUCGCUGUUUGAGCGCCUGGUUGUUCUGGGGAUUCGCCCAAUACGUCUGCAAGUCCAAUACCGGAUGCACCCAGCCCUCAGUGCCUUUCCAUCCAACAUUUUCUAUGAGGGCUCACUGCAAAAUGGUGUUACUGCAGCGGAUCGUAUUAAGAAAGGUUUCGAUUUCCAGUGGCCACAGCCUGAUAAGCCAAUGUUUUUCUAUGUGACUCAAGGACAGGAGGAAAUCGCCAGUUCAGGCACUUCAUACCUUAAUAGGACUGAGGCAGCCAAUGUAGAGAAGAUCACCACCAAACUUCUGAAAGCAGGUGCCAAACCAGAUCAGAUUGGCAUCAUUACACCAUAUGAGGGGCAGCGGUCAUACCUGGUGCAGUACAUGCAGUUCAGUGGUUCUCUGCACACCAAACUCUACCAGGAGGUGGAGAUUGCAAGUGUGGAUGCGUUUCAGGGUCGAGAAAAGGAUUUCAUUAUCCUAUCGUGUGUUCGAGCAAAUGAACAUCAGGGCAUUGGAUUUCUCAAUGACCCUCGCCGCCUGAAUGUGGCUCUGACAAGGGCAAGAUACGGUGUCAUUAUUGUGGGGAAUCCAAAGGCUCUGUCUAAACAGCCUCUGUGGAAUCACCUGCUGAACUAUUACAAGGAACAGAAAGUGCUGGUGGAGGGACCACUGAAUAAUCUACGUGAGAGCUUAAUGCAAUUCAGCAAACCCCGGAAGCUUGUCAAUACCAUCAACCCGGGAGCUAGAUUCAUGACCACGGCCAUGUAUGAUGCUCGAGAAGCCAUCAUCCCAGGCUCUGUGUAUGAUAGGAGUGGCCAAGCGGGUCGCCCUUCCAACAUGUACUUCCAGACCCAUGAUCAGAUUGGAAUGAUUGGAGCCAGUCCCAGCCACGUUGCUGCAAUGAACAUCCCUAUCCCCUUCAACCUGAUGAUGCCUCCGAUGCCUCCACCUGGCUAUUUUGGACAGGCAAAUGGUCCUGCAGCAGGUCGUGGAAUUGCAAAAGGGAAGCUGAGCCGUGGGGCUCGUCAGAGAAACCGUAGCCUGGGAAAUCAGCUGAACAACCAGGCCAACCUACCCAAUAGCCAGGCCAGUCAAGAUGUGGUGUCACAGCCUUUCUCUCAGGGCCCGCUUACCCAGGGAUACAUCUCCAUGAGCCAGCCUUCACAAAUGAGCCAGCCAGGCCUGUCUCAGCCAGAACUCUCACAGGACAGUUAUCUGGGAGAUGAAUUCAAGUCUCAGAUCGAUGUGGCCUUGUCGCAGGAUUCCACUUACCAGGGAGAACGUGCGUAUCAACAUGGAGUGACCGGGCUGUCACAGUAUUAGAAUGUUAAGGAGAGGAGAGCUAGGCUUGAGCCAAGCUUAGUUCAACAGUAAUUCAAUCUGGGGAAAAAAAACAUAAAUGGAUACCUGUUUCCACUGCGACUACUGAGGCAUCAACUGUGAGAGAGCAACAGGAGAGAGAAACCAACCAAACCAGAGGAAGAGAAGAGAAAAGGGAGAGAGUAGGAGGAGGAAAAAGAGAGAGAAAGAGAGAGACCACUGCUAGCAGUUUGAGACGAGGAGAUUGUCUGGAGGAAUGAAGUAAUAGAGGGCACUUGUGUGCCUUGUCAGCCAGGCCACGCCUGGUCUCACACAUCUACUAAACUCUAUUGCUGUUACCACGCAACUCGCCCACGCCGCUGAGACCCUGCUCCCACCUCGUCGAACAAGGGAGAGAGAGAGGAGGGGCUCGCACUCAAAUAAGUUACCUGCUACAUCUGAACUGCCUGCUUCCUGGAGGAAGUGGGAGACCUUGGUUUUGGGAAUAAAAGGGGAACAUUAUAUCUCUCAGUUGUUCUCUGGACGCUACAAUUAGCGAUUAAACUGUAAAUUCCAGCAGUUAGAGCAUCGAAGUGAAGAUUAAUUUCUGGCAAAACCCAGUUGACACACAGCUGCCUUCUGCCUCCACCCCCUUUGUUCACUUUAAGGUUGAUCUUGAAGUGUAGGCUUUCUGCCUAAUGCUAUCAUUUCACACGCUUCCUCAAAUCUUUCACAGUAAUUGGUUUAAAUGCAUAUGCAUGCAGAGUUGGGGUUUGUGAAGGGUUAACUGUGGACUAUCUGUCAGAAUCCAGCACUGGGCUGUGAGAGAAUUCUGCCUCUCAGUAUUCUUUUUGCAAAGUUUAUACUUUAAUUAGAAAUGCCCAGAAUUCGGGGAAAGCUCAUGUAGGUCACCUCUCCCCGAUCGUUCUCAAGUCAGUGCAAAGAGGUGAUUGAACCCACGUGAGCAGCUAUUUGAUGUUCUUCCUCCCCAUUCCCCACCCAUUCACCUGGUGUUCUGUUUUAUAACCUGCUUCCAAAUAGCUUGUUUUAGCUACUGCCUGUCACAAUGAUAAAAUCAUAAAGGCAUUGACCAGUGGCUAACUGGCGCAGGCUCCAGAUUCCCUGAUACAGAAAGUGAGCUGGGUGAUGGGGUUUUAGUUGGGGGUCGAUGGUGUUUGCACUAUUCUGUUUGGUAGGACGUUGCUCGAGUUGACAGUGGCUUUAGUGAAGCAGUCAGUGGCAGGAGAGGCUGCAAGGAUGUUUUCACACAAUGUGGUGCUGGGUUGGGCUCAGUGUGCUGACUGUUGAUCUAAGUGAAGGAGAAUGAAGAGGAAUGGGUGUCUGUUUAGUCUAUUUGUUAAACUAUAAUCAGAUAGAAAAACUUUUUAGAAUACUGAUUUUUAUUAGUUUUGAGGGCACUAUUGAUUCCUCGAUUAUCUGAAAUGAGCAUUUAGAGAGGCUUUUGUUUAGACAUUGGUGUCAGGGCAGAAACUGGCAGUGGCUCCUACUGGACCCCAGUCUUUCAGAAGCUCACUUUAAACCAAAGCUAUUCUGGGGGGGGGGGGGGGGGGAAGAGGAGAAAUCCACCACAAGCAGAAAGCAGAUAGCCAAUGGCAGAAAAUGUGUAUGAUUCUCUUCAGCUCGUUAAGAUGCUUAAGAUUACAGUCUAUAACACUGGGAUUUUACACCAACAGCAUUUGGAUCAGCCUGGAGAGGGUGUAUUGUUCCUGAACAUAUUCUCUGUGCCACUGUGGGUGUUACACUGCCAAGUUGCUGUUGUACAGAGAAAGUCUACAAAUACUGUCCCACAAAAUUCAAGCAAAAAAAAAUGACCAGGUGGAGCAGCACAGGCGAAGCUAGCUGCAGAACAUCACCAGCAAUUUGAGUGAGCCUUGCAAUUACUUCUGAGAGUAAUGUGGAGAACUCUUGCAGCUGUCCAGAAAUUCAGUUUGACUGCCAAAGGCAGAACUGAUUGAAGUGUGACCACAGGCCUUUGACUUUUGGCCAUUGUCUCACUUUCAUUGACCUCUAAUUCACUGAUGGCAACAGCUGCAUGGGAGUGAUGCCUGUCCCACACUGUCCUCACCCCUCACUACCCAACUCCUUUUUGCUAGGCCUCGAUCCCAUUAGUUCUGUGGUAUGAACAGCAAUGAUGUGAAGACUAAGGCUCCAUGGCUGAGGAACGCGUUGGGUUUAGCUGGUUAUGUCCAAUGGCCACAAGUUGAAGUGCAGGUUUGGGCAGCUCUGCCUCCUGCGGUGAUCUCAUUACUCAGCAGUGCCAACCUUGCUGAUGGCCAACGGUCUGACGCCAGCUACUGUGGGCUCAGGACGGGGGCAAGUACUGCAGACCCUCCUGUCAAAUGGUCGAAAUGUUUUAAGGCACAGGGUCUGGCUGAAGGGACUUCUCCUUUAAGAAACUUUUUUUUUAUUUGGCUUCCUGGCAGAAUUGUUAAAAGUUCAUAGUUGCAUUUGUUUCUGGUAGUUCAUUCGAUCCACCUGUGAGUCCUCCAUUAAAGAUGAAUCUAUUGGAGAUCACUUUCAUUCACCCUCCCCUCAAUGACUGACUUCUGCUUUGUGCUGUUUAAUUUUGUGUAGCAGGAAGAGGAAUUUCUGAUUUUUAAAUCCUUUACAAACCUGGUGCUGGUUCUGCAUCUGUUGAGUGGAAAAUAGUGUUUUUUUCUAAUCCUGUCUGGAUUUUUAUUUUAAUCUAUUUUGCCUCUGUAACAUGCACCAUUAAUAAAAUUAGCUCUGCA